AUUUACUUCUGCUCCUACCACCCUUACCCACAGAGUACGGUUCCUGCUUCCUCUCUCUCUCUCUCAUUCGCCAGAUAUUGUUACUGAGACUAUUGUUACCCCCGAUCAGCCUAUCACCAUCGGUGAGACUGCCUCCGGAACUCCCACUCGGCGACAUUUCGUGCCGGGCCACCGUCGCCGCUCCACGCACGUCACCCGCCAGGACCUGGACCGCUUCAGAAAAGACGUCUUGGGCAUUGAAUCUCCUGGGUUCGGAUUUGACGACGAACCGUCCCAACCAGCCGUAGACCCUUCCGUGGACCCUCAGCUGGAGAACCUCAAUCGUGAAUUUGAAGCCAUUUCACGGUCCAUGAAUAGUGCCUCUUCAAGCUACGUCGAAAACACGGAGAACCAAUCCAACAUGACCAACGUUCCUCGUCCGCCCAUGUCUCCCGCGAUGUCUCAUGCUCCUAGUCAGGUCAAUGGUGCUGGAAUAGCUGGCAUGAAUGCCGGAAUUCCGAUGAACGCGGGCCACCAAAUGGAUCUUCAUCAACUCUAUGACAUGGUCUUGGAGUUGAGCGACGUGCUGAAAAACAACCGCCAGAUGACCCAGAGUAUUGUUACUAGCGCUGAGGAGAUUAUGCGACGUUCUACUUCUGAAGGUGCCCCCCCUAACUUGCAGCAAGUCAACGGCGAAAUCGCAGCGGCGCGCAUAGCCGAACUGGAGCGUGCCCUGGCUAGGGAGAAGCGUGUGAAUGAGAUUUUAAGAAACGAGCAAAUGGAGAACACGAAGCUCAUCGGCGAGUACGAACAAGCGGUUGGCGCCAUGGUAGAGCAAAUUCGCACUUACUGCCAGAACAAUAACAUGCACUACUUGGCCCAGAAACGUCACUAUAACAACCUUCUUCAGGCAGAACGUGAUGCACACUUGGAGAGUCGCCUGGACUGCGACCACUGGCAUGCUCAAACUAUGAAGUGUGCCGAGAUGAUUCGCACUGCGUAUCGCCUGCGCUGCGAGGAGGAGAAUGUGCCGACUCGCAUCGUGGCUGGGCUUCAGAAUGAAGUCCGUGCCUAUCGUAACGCUCUGGGUAUGGAACCCGAAAAACCCGAGGAGGAAUAUGGCUGGGAGAUCUUGAAGGAUGUUCCUAGUGGUCUUUCCCCUGGGGAGUAGCUGGCUGUUCAGUCAGUUGCGCUUCUGUUUCUACUUGAUGAGCUACGACGAUUUCCUUCACAUAUUCUUCUGUUCUCUUGACAGGGCGUUUUGGAGCGGCUCUUGGGCGGCUACGGAAUUCCCUGCUGCAGAUACCCUUCACAUACUUUUUCUCCGUUCUGUAACCAUAGCUUCUUACCUCCUGCUGACAAGAAACAUGAGUCUGGAUAAUGCAUUCUUGGGGUGUCCGGUAAUGCUGGCCAUUAUUUGGAGAGCUUUGGGAAUAGCUGGCUACGAAGAUUCUACGUCUGGCGUUGGACAUUACUUACUUUAAUCUCAUCUCUGUAUGCGGUUGACUUGAGUCCCGCAUAUGAGAAACAUCUCUAUCUUGGUACGCUUUUCAUUUCCAUUCAACGUAAACUGUUCAAUCCGUAUAAAAAACCUCCUCCAACGGCUUCCACCACGAAGGUCCCUCAGCACUCCCUAUAGCCCCAGGCGUUGGACUCUCUUGCAUCCCAUCCGUAAUGGCCCACCACUCCCUCACCUUCGGAUUGGCCUUCAUGCGCUUCAUAUCCCCUUCAAAAUCCUCCCCGACAUACUUAAACGUCGCGAAUAAAGUCCGCUCAUUGUCAAAGAAUAUGGAAUAAUCUCGAAUAUUACAUUCCUUGAUCUGCUGGAGUACCU